UGUUUCCAGAUGUUCUGAGAAUGACUACUAUAGCCUCACAUGAUGUAGGUGUUGGAGAUGGAAAACCUAUCAAACAACAUCGAUAUAGGAUGAACAUAGAAAAAUGUGAACUUGCUGAGAAAGAAAUUGAAUAUAUGUUAGAGAAUAAUAUUAUUGGACAUUCUAACUCGAAUUGGAGUUCACCAUGUGUUAUGGUGCCAAAACCAGGUGGUAGUAUUAGGUUUUGUACGGACUAUAGGAAGGUGAAUGCUGUAAUGAAAACAGAUGCAUAUCCAAUUCCUAGAGUAGAUGAUUGUUUAGAUAAAGUUGGAAAAGCAAAGUUCCUUACAAAGAUUGAUUUAUUGAAAGGGUAUUGGUGUAUUCCAUUAAUGGACAGAGGUAGAGAGAUUUCUGCAUUUGUAACUCCAUCUGGGUUAUAUGAAUAUAAUGUUUUUCCAUUUGGGAUGAAGAAUGCCCCAGGUACUUUCCAGAGGAUGAUUAACUCUGUGAUUCAGGGAUUAAAAGAUAACUGAUGCUUAUAUUGAUGAUUUAGUGACAGGAAAUGAUACUUGGGAAGCACACAUUAUUGCAGUGGAGAAAUUGUUUGAAAGGCUUUCAAAAGCUAACUUAACUAUUAAUUUAGCUAAGAGUGAAUUUGGACAUGCCACUAUGACUUACCUUGGUUAUGUUGUGGGUCAAGGUAAGGUAGCUCCUGUUCAGGCAAAAGUUCGGGCAAUUUUAGAGAUUCCCACUCCAACGGGGAAAAAACCUCUCAGAAGAUUCUUGGGAAUGGUAGGAUAUUAUCCAAAAAUUUGUAAGAAUUUUGCUAAUGUUUCCCUUCCAUUAAGUAACCUUCUGCAGAAGAAUGUUAAGUUUGUGUGGACAGUGCCUUGUCAAGAAGCAUUUGAAAAAUUGAAAACAAUGAUAUGUCAACAACCUGUGCUUAAGGCACCUGACUUUAAAAAACCUUUUUCAUUGGCUGUAGAUGCUAGUGAUGAGGCUGCAGGAGCAGUAUUAAUGCAAAGGAAUGAGGGUGAUGAGGUUGAUCAUCCAGUAGCUCACUUUUCUAAGAAAUUUAAUAAGCAUCAAAGAAACUAUUUGACAAUAGAGAAAGAAUUGUUAUCUCUUGUUUCAGCUUUGGAAUAUUUUGAGGUAUAUGUUGGUACAACUCAAUAACCACUUAUUGUUUACACUGAUCAUAAUCCGUUAGUUUUUCUGAGUAAGAUGAAAAACAAAAACAGAAGAUUAUUAAAUUGGAGUUUGAUGUUACAAGAGUACAAUAUUGUGAUAACUCAUAUUAAGGGUAAAGAUAAUGUGGUUGCUGAUUGUCUAUCUCGAUGUUGAAUGUACAAUGCAAUUUUUUUUAUGGAGUGUUUUUUUUCAAUUGUAACACUCCUACUGUAUUGUGAGUUAUAAGCUGUUAUAUGAUGGUAUUGUAUAUUGUGUAUGUUAUAAAAUUUAUACAUUUGUUUUUCUUGUAAGCAAUUGUUAAAAAUUUUUGUUCUUGUCAGACCAAAAAUGUUUUUUUUUUGGAGGGAGGUGUUACGUACUUGUGACACAUGACAGUGGUACCCUUGUCACGUGACUGGGGUUGAAGCUGUACUGGACUUGAGGUAAUGGUCUUGUGAUGGUGGAGUGAUGUCAUUUUCCUGCCAGUAGAGAUCAUGUGACAGGUUUAUUUUACAGGGUAUAAAAGGAAGACCCCACCCUGUGAGGCGGGGCAGUUCGUGGUUGGAUUUGCCAAGCUGACUUCAUGCCACUGCAUGAUUUAAUGUGAUGAUGCAGUUCAGUUGAAGGAUGAAGUUUUUAUCUAAUGCCUAAAGUUUAAAAGGUCAGUGCCAGCAGUUUCUUUACAAUACUGCUAGUUGAGAAUCAGUGGAGAUUGAAGAUCGGUGUUCGGGAGUUAAAGAUUGAGGAGAAUCGAUUUUCGACGGUGAAAUGGGUUCUACCUUGUUUAAUCCUUUUUCGGAAGGAAUUCGUUGACUGUUCUCACGUUAAUCUCUGUGGGAUAGCAGAAAAGAUUGAGGACAGUGAUAAAGGAAUGGUCAGUGCCUUGAAGCCAUGACGUUUUGUAAAUUCUGCGUGGGAAGUUCAACGUUGGGGAUCGAAGCAAAACGAUGUGAAAGAGAAUUUAAAUCAUCUUAUAAAGUCUCUCCUUUUAAAUGGACUGGUCAGUACAAAUUCCACUGCCCAGCGGUGAAAGCUGAUGGACAGGCAUGCGGACAGGAAUGGCCCUACCAUGAAGUUCGCAAGCUGGCAGUACUGACCAGAGAGGAGCAGCUGCAUUUUGAGGAAACAGUUGCUGUACUGGCUGCAGCUGAGUACUGUGAAUACAAAUCAUGUCCUGGAUGUGGAGCAUUUGUUGAACGCACAGACCUGAGUAACUUGAGUGUCCGCUGCACUAUCUGUACUGCAGAAAAGGGGAGUGUUUACGAGUUCUGUUGGCAGUGCCUGAAACCAUGGAAGGGAAGUGUCCCACGUUCUGACCGAUGCGAUAAUGAAGGCUGCACCAAUUUGGAACUGGACACACUAUGCAGUUGUUCAUUAAUCAGCCUCUUAGGUACUGUAGUGAAGAAUUGCCCUUCCAUUCGAGCCUGCCCAACAUGUGGUAAGCUGCUCGAACACAACCAAAUGGGAUGUAAAAAUAUUAUCUGUUCGAGGUGCCAAGUUGAAUUUUGCUUUGUCUGUCGAGAGCUGACGCAAGUAUGCCAGGCAAAAAAACCAAAUUCAUGGUUUAAUCUCUGUGCUAAAUAAGUUGCACCAAGACAAACUUCAAU